AUGAACCCGCACAAGCAGAACAAGGUUGACAUCAGCUCCCUCACCCCAGACGAGCAACGCCUCUUCCGCCUCUACGGCAAGCUCCCCUCCAAAUCCGACCACCUAGCCAAGCACCUCAAGGACCGCAAGUACUUCGACUCCGGCGACUAUGCGCUCUCCAAAGCCGGCAAGGCCAGCUCCGUCGACACGGGUAGCGUAGGCUCGCAGCACCCUCUCCCCGAGAACAUCCCGCACCUGUCAUCGCCGAGCGUCGGCAACGCGAGCCAGGGCGGCAGCGGCAACAGCAAUAUCCAGCUCGGGGGCACGGCCGGAGCGCAGAGCGCCAGCCCUGUGAAGGAGAGCAGCUUUUUGAACCGGGAAACAACGGCGGAUGAGUUGGAGAGGGACGAUCAGGCUGGUGCGGGAGCGGCCCAGAGCGUCAGCCCCCCACCUGCGAAGGAAGGCAUUCCGAUUAGGAGAUAG